AUGGACCUAAUUGGCAUCUGGCCUGAGCCUGAUAGGACGGAUCAACGAUGGUUAGAUUUCAAGGCUGUGACUUGUCUGGCUGUUAUAGCGAUGUUCGGGACAGGACCCCAGAGCUCGAAUCUACUCUUCAUAUGGGGAGACCUAGAACUGGUGACGGAGAACCUGUCUAUGGCUAAUAUCCCUGGUAUAAACGCGAUGAUCAAGUUGAUACCUAUCAUACAGUCUUUCUAUGACGACUGGCAGUGUCCAAGAACGGAGGAAGAGAAGACGACGAUGCUGAAAAUGGCCAAACCAGCCAGGUUCAUUUCUAUCUGGUGCUCAGUGCUGACUCGGAGCAUGGUCACCGUGUACCUCGGUAGUCCAGCAUUCACUAUCUACCAGAGUGACAAGGUCAAAGAGAGACAGGAUCACUUGGUCUUGUAUCCCGGAUAUUUCCCGUACGAUAUUCGACCGACACCAGUGCUGAUUCUGACUAAUUUCGGCCAAGUGAUCACAGCGUAUUCGGCUACAAUCUCCUACACCGCCGUUGACACGUUCAUCGCUGUGCUGGUGAUGCACAUGUGCGGGCAGUUCGAGAUCCUGAGGAUGAAAUUGCAAAGGUUGAUGGGCGAUGAAGAGGGCAGUAAGAAUCAGGACGAGUUUAGGAAGAAUUUGGCUUGGAUCGUGAACAGACACGAACAUCUGAACCAGUUCGCGACGAAGAUCGAGGACUGCUUCAACACGCUUCUGCUCAUCCAGAUACUGCUCUGCACGGUGGAAAUAUGUUUCCAAGACUUCUUGUUCUUCAACGUCCUGCUGCAAAACGAAGAUGGAAUCUUCAACACCCAAUUUCUCUUCUUCAUCCUCUUCGUCUGCUUCAUCCUGGUACACAUGUAUCUUUAUUGUUACAUAGGAGAGAUGCUCCUCGUCCAAAGCAGAGAAAUGAGCAAUUCCGCGUACGAGUCCAAUUGGUUCAACGUCUCACCUCCCGAAGCCAAGUGUCUUCUGUUCAUCAUGCGCAGAUCCACUCGUCCUCUUUGCUUGACUGCAGGCAAAUUCGGCACUUUUUCCAUGGAAAUGUUCAGUAGCGUAUGUACCGACUGCAUGUCACACUUUUCCACUUGA